GGUCCCCCGGGUCUCCCCGGCCUCAAAGGUGACACCGGUGCUAAAGGAGAGAAGGUGAGGGAGGUGCAGCAGGUGACCCGUGCUCCAGGGCCACCCGGGUCUAUCGGCCUGAUCGGACCCCCAGGGGAGCAGGGGGAGAAGGGAGACCGAGGUCUCCCCGGUCCCCAGGGCUCCACGGGGCAGAAAGGAGAAACC